CAGGGCAUCUGCAAAUGAUUGCUGGCUUUCAGAGGGAGGCGGAUCUUUGUGUCCAAUGUUUCUCCACAGCGCUGACUUGAACCUUUUUCCUCGAACAAAACGAGCCCCUUUGAGAUAGCUGAAAGUCGGUUUCUCUCUCCCGGUGAGGAGCUGGAGGUGGACCGGGGGAACGAAACGAUGAUCAACACCAUGGAGUGCGCCGUGGACGCGCAGAGCCUGAUCUCUAUUUCCUUAAUGAAGAUCCACAACUCUAGGACGCAGAGAGGGGGGAUCAAGCUGCACAAAAACCUGCUGGUUUCCUAUGUGCUGAGGAACGCCAGGCAGGUCUACAUCAAGGAGAAAUACGCAGAGAUCUACAGGAUGCAGCAGUACGAGGAGGUGAUGACGGUCUGCAACGAGAUCCAGGAGCUCAACCCGCUGGAUCUGGAGGCGGAGGACGCGGAGGACGAGGAGCAGGCGCGGGCAGCUUGCUGCGGAGAAGAGGUGAGCGUGUGCGGCUCUCCGUGCCACAGAGGCGCGGUGCAGCCGGCGGCGCACUGCCGGACACCAGGCGGUCUCUCCGGGUGCUGUCUUCUGGAGGACGUCGGCAAAGAGCCGGAGCCGUCCUACUACCGGAGCUGCUGCAUGGAGGCUCCCCCCGCGCCGCACUGUGACCAGUUUCCCGCAAACAGCAGCGCGCACUGCAACAAAACCACAGUGCUGGAUUUGGACACGCAUGUGGUGACCACGGUGGAGAACGGCUACCUCCACCAGGACUGCUGUUGCGACGCGCUCCAGUGUGGCCAGGGCGCGCAGUCCUCGGCCAAGAAGCGGAAGGUUGAGUUCGGCUGCUGCGCGUCGGACGCGGAGGAAGCGCCGGAUUUCACAGCGGCUCGCAAACGUGCGAAACGCGAGGACUGCUCCUACUCUGCCCCGGACUAUACGGACACUUCCAACAUCUCCAACCUGAUCUCCAUCUUCGGCUCGGGGUUUUCGGGGCUGCUGAGCAGGCAGGCGGACUUGGAGCAGAUCUGUAGCAAACAAGCCCUAGCCAGCCUGGGAGCGUGGACCCGGGCCAUCGUCGCGUUUUGAAUGGUUUUAUUUGGGAGGGGAGAGCGGGCUCAGCUGGAACGGGACUGUCUGCUGCACCCAGCUUCUGUUUGGGGGACACUUUGCUUAAAAGUUUAAUCGUUCUAGAGGGUUCUACAGCGCGUCCUAGGACGCCGAGGUCCAAGAAAGUUUACAAAAAAAAAAGAGAAAAAGUGUAAUUUGUGGAAGUUUUUGCACCUUUAGAAACAUGGCAUGGUCACAUCAAAAACGUCCUCACAGGGUUGCAGAGAGUGGGGACUUUGUGGGAACAUGGUAAAUACAGAGGGGAGGGGAGUGGGGCUCAGUUUUAGCACUUAUCUUCCUAGUGAUGCUGCUAAAAACUGGAUUCUCAACAACUGUCAGAUUUUUAUUAAAGAUUUGCUUCUUUCCUGACAGUUGAGCAAAUAAAUUCUUAUUUUGUGGAGACAAAGUUGCAGAAAUUUGGGUCCUUAUGGGAGAAUUUAGGGCUCAGCUUCUACUUACAAAAUAUUCCAAUUGGGCAAAGAAACUUUCCAAUUGUUACAGCUGCCCUUCCCACCCACUCCCAGUGUCAGCCAUAAUAAAAUCCCAUGUGCUCAACAACAACAACUCCAACUGAAUUAUACCUCAAAGCACACUUGUGUCUUAGAAAUCAAUAACAAUGCUUCUAAUUGGAGGAAAUGGAGGCGUUCCAGCUGAGCCCGCUCUCCCCCUGCAGCGCCUAAAUCGACUUUAUUUUUGCAAGGAAAAAGAAAAGCUAUUUAUUAAAUGAGCAAUUUAAUGAUAAUAGUUUUUUUUGACAGGGAGAGGAGGGAGAGUUGUUGGUGUCAUGUGCAGGCUUUUCUCCAAUCUGACUGCAUGGAUCAGUUGCCUUAAAUCCAGUGCACAGUACUGCUAGCUAUCGUCAUGAACUGAGGGUAACAUUGGAAGUGACUGAAUGUCUCUGCUGUCCUCUCCCGUCCUCAGACUCUCACUCUGCUCUUGCACAGUCCGAGCAGCUCACGGUCACGUGAAGCAUCCCGAACACUCUUGAAGGUACACGGACUGUGAAGCAGCUUGUUUCACUCCACGGAGCGCCAACACUUUACUCCACGUGGUCGUCUCUGCACCUCCACCCCUCCACCUCCACCUGCACCCCCCUCAGCGUGUGAUAGUAAACAGUCCGGCUCAUCUCUGACAGUCUGACAUUGUUUUCUUAAUCAUGGUUGUUGCUCAAAGCCUUUCACAGCGAUUCAUGAUUCCAGCUUUGGUUUUGUGAGUUUCACUUUGUAAAAAAAAAAAAAAAUGAAAUAAAUGAAUAAAAGAAAGUGAUUUUAGUCCUUUUGUUUAAAAAGGCAAACUCAUGUUUUUAGCCAUAACCUGAGAAUCCAUGCGUUAGCUUUAUGAGCACUAUGUGUACCAAAAUAAAGAGAGUACUCAGCCAUUCUCUACAUAUUUUGUUGUUAUUCUUGUAUUUUUGUGCUUAAUAAAUUGUAUAUCACCGGGUAAAACUGUUCAGAAAAUAUUUGUUAAAAUUUAUAAUCUUAAUAAAAAAUGAAAACCUGAAA